AGAGAGAGAGAGAGACAGAGAGAGAGCGAGAGAGAGAGAGAGGGGGGAGACUGGUCCAACACAUCCAGCUUGAGCAUCCCAACAGAGACUGAGCAGCACUGGGAGAGACUCUCCACCUUCCAACAAGCUCCUGCCAAGGUGCUGCAAUGAUGAGGAUCGCUCUGCUAUUCACUUUCCUCUUGGCUUUACUCCCUAGCACCAGGUGUGCCGUGAUCACUGGGGCCUGUGAGAGGGACUUGCAGUGCGGACUGGGCUCGUGCUGUGCUGUCAGCCUGUGGCUCCGGGGUCUACGCAUGUGCACCCCGAGAGGGAGAGAGGGGGACGAGUGCCACCCCUUCAGUCACAAGGUGCCCUUCUACGGGAAGAGACAGCACCACACCUGCCCAUGUCUGCCGCAUCUCACCUGCACCUGGGUUAUGGACAGCAAAUACCGCUGCUCUGACAAUUUUAAAAACAUAGACUUUUAAAUAACAGAGAGAGAGAGAGAGAGAGAGAGAGAGAGAGAGAGAGAGAGAGAGAGAGAGAGUAUGAAACAUAUUUCACUGUUGUUGUAACAAAGAAAAAAUAUAUAUACAAAACUAAAAUCAAAUCAUUGCAUAACCAUCUGAUCAACUUUAUUAUACUAAUGCAGCACUAGCCUAGAUAAAGGGAACUGGAGCUACAGCUAAGGCCAAAAUAAUGUUACCAUCGAGACAUAAUUCUUAUAUAAAGAUCUUUUAUUACACCAUGUAAUCAAAGAAACUACAAAAUGAUGCCAUGAAAAUUCUACCAGAAGACAUAAUUGAGACCCUUUCCCGCUAACAUUGUGGAUACAAAAAAAAAAGAAGGCAAGAUAUUUUUAAGUUGACAUAUUAAAUACAUACUUCAGUAAGGUCUGUUGCUGUACAGCCUAGCCCUGUUCCACGCUGUGUCUGUAAACUUAACCUGUUCCUGACUGGAAUGCAUUGCACAGGGCCGGACAUCCAGCAUGCAUCACAUGUGUUUACAUUGGGGGGGGUACUUUGGUAGCUGACCAAAUUAAAUUGAUUAUUUAACAAUUUAUUUAUAUAUAUAUAU